AACCGGUAAUAUGAAAUACAUGGCGGAUCUUGAUAUUGUCCCGCGUGAAAACGAAAUUUGUCGGUGACGAGCUCUUUUUCCACUCACCAAAUUCAGAGCAAAAGUCUUAUCAGAUUGGGGGAGAGGUAGACGAUACCAUUUCUCGUCGCUCUGGCACAGAUCCAACUUCCCCACUUCUUUUAUUAGGGUUUGUUCCAUUAACUUCCAAUCUCAACCAACCAUUUUCUUAAUCACACUUCCCCUUAAUUAAUCAGGGAACGUUGGGGAAAAGGGUGAAUAAGGAAACAGAUCUUGAGACAAGCUCCAGAUUUUCCACCUCCCCAACACACCCAUUGGCCAUUGCAUUGCUCCCCAUUGCCGCAAUGUAUUAUGCUUGAGCUGGAUCUUGGUUCCCGAGCAAUCUAGGCGUGGCAUUUACGCAAUAGCUGAGCAUUGCGCAAGAUGGGCGAGAAAUCGAGGUCUAGAGGGUGCUGUGGAUGGUUUCUGGUGUUGGUAAUUCUUGGCUUGGUAGCUGGUGCUAUAGUAUUCGCAGUCAAGAAGAAGAUGAGUCACUCUGAUGAUGAGGCAGCUCCAGUUCCAGGACCGCCUGGUGCCAUCGAGAAGAAAUACUCCGACGCUCUCAAGAUGGCCAUGAAGUUUUUCGAUGUGCAGAAGUCUGGUGAGUUGGUAGAUAACGGAAUAUCUUGGAGAGGAGAUUCGGGGUUGAAAGAUGGAAGUGAAGCGAAAUUGGAUCUGUCUAAAGGGAUGUAUGAUGCUGGGGAUCAUAUGAAGUUUGGUUUCCCAAUGGCUUUUACUGCAACAGUGUUAUCUUGGUCCAUUCUUGAGUAUGGAGAUCAGAUGGAUGCAGUGGGUCAAUUGGAUCCUGCCAAAGAUUCUCUCAAGUGGAUUACCGACUACCUCAUUAAUGCUCAUCCUUCAAAAAAUGUGCUUUACAUUCAGGUCGGGGAUCCGAAGGUAGACCAUGGCUGUUGGGAUAGACCUGAAACCAUGACUGAGAAGAGGCCACUCAGACAGAUUAACGCCUCUGUUCCAGGAACAGAGGUAGCAGCAGAAACUGCUGCAGCUAUGGCUGCAGCUUCUCUUGUUUACAAGGAAACUAAUCCCUCCUAUUCAAGCACGCUUCUUAAGCAUGCCCAAGAGUUGUUUUCUUUUGCUGAUGAGAAUCGAGGUUUGUACAGUAUCAGCAUUCCUGAAGUCCAAACCUACUACAAUUCAUCAGGAUAUGGAGAUGAACUUUUAUGGGCUGCGAGCUGGCUGUACCAUGCGACAGAGGAUGAAUCCUUCCUCGAUUAUGUGACUGGAGACAACGGGAAAUUGUAUGCGAAAUGGGGCAGUCCCACCUGGUUUAGUUGGGAUGACAAGCAUGCAGCAACCCAAGUUUUAUUGUCUCGGUUAAGCUUCUUCGGCUCGAAAGAUGUUUCAAAGUCAGUUCAAGUUUACAAGAAAACAGCUGAGGCUGUCAUGUGUGGCCUAAUACCAGAGUCUCCAACAGCGACAACAAGCAGAACAGAUAAUGGUCUCAUAUGGGUGAGCGAGUGGAACUCUCUGCAGCAUCCUGUGUCUUCAGCAUUCUUGGCUGCUCUUUACAGUGAUUACAUGCUUACCUCUAGAACUCCAAAAUUGUCUUGCAGCGGGGAUUCCUUCACACCAGCAGAUCUAAGAAAAUUUGCCAAAUCUCAGGCUGAUUAUGUGUUGGGCGAAAAUCCUUUGAAAAUGAGCUAUCUUGUGGGAUACGGUGACAAAUUCCCAAAGUAUGUCCACCACAGAGGUGCAUCAAUCCCAGCUGAUGCCGAAACCAAGUGUAAGGACGGGUUUAAGUGGCUCGACUCAACCAAACCCAACCCAAAUGUAGCUUCUGGAGCUCUCGUGGGUGGACCGUUCCUUAACGAAACAUAUAUCGACUCACGAAACAAUUCAAUGCAAGGGGAACCAAGCACAUACAACAGUGCUCUCAUCGUCGGCCUGCUAUCGAGUUUAGUUACUACCUCCUCGGCAGUGCAGUCCUUCGCCUAAAACAGCUCGUAUUUUUCCAUAUAUAUACGUAUAAAUCUAUAUUUGUGAUUUUAUUAUAUCUUGUAGCUGAUAUAUUUAGUGAAGCGAGCUGUUUCGAUAAUCCUUAUUUGAAACGAUGAUGGGAUGUAAUUCUUUAUUUGAGUGAUAUGUUUUGGCGUUUGUUGUUGCACA